CCACGUCUUUUCUCCACUACAAAACAAACCCCACACACACCCUCGUUUCUCGCUCCGCUUUCCUUUGAUUCGAAGAAAUCCUCAGAAGGAAAAGUAGGCAGGGAAAUGAGCUGCCAUGGCUGUCGAGUUUUACGAAAACGAUGCAGCGAGAACUGCGCCCUCAGACCUUGUCUCGAGUGGAUCGAAUCUCCUGAAGCCAAAGCUCGUGCUACACUCUUCGUCUCCAAAUUCUUCGGCCGGAGCGAUCUCAUCAACUUCAUAUCCUCCGUCCCUAGCCACAAACGAAACGCGCUGUUCCAGUCACUCUUGUUUGAAGCGGUUGGCCGAACAGUGAAUCCGGUGAACGGAGCGAUCGGACUCCUCUCCUCAGGUAACUGGCACAUCUGUCAGGCGGCAGUGAGGACGGUGCUAGACGGCGGUACGCCGCCCGUUCUCGUGAACAAUACUCAUAUCCCGGAACAUAAAGCUUACACUGCCGGCGCGUGGUCGGAAAUGAUGAUCAGAAACCAGAUACCUUCCGGCAAGUGUGGCAAAGCCAACGCGCCUCCACUGACAAAUCUCAUGGUUGGUUCAUCUGCCACCGCCGACGAACAGAAAUUCUCCGCCAUGACGGCAUCCAAUAUAUCUAAAGUGUCGAUGAGUUUCCGGUGCAACGACGUUGAAGAGCCAAAGCUAUUGAACCUUCUUGUAUAAUUAACUACGUAAACGACAAAAGCUUAAAUUCUAAAUAAAGUCAUCAGUAGAUCGGCGAUCAUGUCUAGGAUACUACUUUUUGGGAGGUGAAACUAUUACUAACAAUAAUUUAACCAUAACUUAAAAAUAUGAGAUGUAGUCUUCUUUUUUUGACUUAUGAGUUCUGUAAAAUCGUCACCCUUUCACUAAAAAGUUCACCGUGAAAUUUGGGUGUCGAUAGCCACCGGAUAUUUGUGUUUUCCGGCGGAGAGAAUAAUCAAAACGGCAUCUUGUUGAUUUAUGUAUGUUU